AUGAGAGAAGUGGAAGAUGUAAAAGAGACCCAAAUGAAAUACCUAGAAAUGAAAAUUUCAAUCUCUUUCAGAAAAGUACUCUGGGCUGAUUUUAACAUCAAUGUUUCUGGGGUAAAUGAAGAAACACAUAUAAGAUGUGAGGACCUCGUGGACUUUUCUGAUAUUUGCCACUCUAAUGAAGAAUAUUUCAGGAAACUAGAGGAGCUGAAGGCUGCCCACAUGGAAACUAUGGCAAAGUUGGAGAAAAUGUACCAUAAUAAAUUAAAUUUAAAGGAAGUUCAGCCAAUGAUCAUCAGGGAAGAACCUUCUAGUGUCUCUUCUGCGUCUGUAUCAGAAAAGAACUCCUAUGACCAUGUCUCCUUAACGACAUCACUUUCAGAGCCUGAUUUGGGUCAUUCUUACUCCUUGAUUAUGAGUUCCUCUGAAGAUGAGUUGCCCAAAUUAGAAAAGGAAUAUCCUGAGAAAAAGAGAAUGAUGACCUAUGCUAAGGAGCUCAUCAACAACAUGUGGACAAACUUUUCUGUUAGAGAUUAUAUUCAAUGUGAAGAUGGUGACUUCCCGGCAGUUGAAAAAACAAAGAAGAAACCAAAAGAAUGGGUGCCAAAGAUUACAGUGCCUGAGCCUUUCCAAAUGAUGAUUAGAGAACAGAAGAAAAAAGAAGAGAACAUGAAAUCUAAGUCAGAUAUUGAAAAGGCACUCAAACUACUCAAAAAACAGGAAGAAGAUUCAGAGUGUAAGAAAAAAUUCCGAGCCAAUCCAGUUCCAGCAUUUGUCUUUCUCCCUCUUUAUCAUGACAUAGUCAAGCAAAAUGAAGAACGGAGGAGGACUAUGAAGGAGAAAAACAAGCAGGCGCUUUUGGCCUCACAAAAACCAUUUAAGUUUAUCGCAAGGGAGGAACAGAAGCAAACAAUCCGGGAAAAGGAACUGAGAGACUUUUUUAAGUCUAAAAAGAAAACAAAUCGAUUUAAAGCCAGACCUAUACCUCGAUCUACUUACAGUUCAACUACCAGUGAGAGGUUAAAAGAAGAAGAGCUCUGUGGAAACAUUACAGCACAGCUGAGAGCCCAGGAGCUUUUAGCAAAUUCAUCUCCUCUGCCUUGUAGACCAACUUGCAGAAGUUUUGCUGCAAGGAAGCCCAAAUGUUCUGAACAGGCUGAAAAGUUGAAGUGUAAACAGAAGGUCAGGUGCCAAACUGCUGAUUUUGGAGAACUUCAUGAGAGAUGUGAGAAACACCCCUCAGAAGAGAAGUGUCCAAAACUCCUCACAGCCUGUAAACCACCUGAUCUUCAUGCAGUGUCACAUGCAGGCACUAAAAGAGAGAAAAUUCUGGCAGACAUUGAAGCAGAUGAAGAAAAUUUAAAAGAAACACGUUGGCCUUAUCUGUCUCCAAGGCACAAGUCAUCAGUAAGAAGUGCAAGUGCAAAGCGUGUGCCUUGUAACUGCAGCCCUCCGAUGCCCACAGUAUCUUCUAGAGGAAGAGAACAAGCCACAAGGAGAUCACUUGAGGAAAAGAAAAUGUUGGAAGAUGAGAGAAAUCGGAUCCUAACUGAGCAGAAGAAAAGAAUGAAAGAAUUGCAGAAACUCCUGACAACCCGGGCUAAGGCUUAUGACUCCCAUCAAAGUUUAGCUCAAAUGUCUAAAUCCAGAAUAAAAUCUCUCAGAUAUGUCAAAGAACUUUGUUCUAAGAAAAAUGCAAGAAUGGCAGCAGAAAAGCAUUAUUCUAACACCCUAAAAGUACUAGGAAUAUCUGAUGAGUUUGUUUCAAAGAAAGGACAAAGUGGAAAAAUAUUUGAGUCCUUCAGCAAUCAAGAGAUGAAAAGUAUCAUUGAAGAUAAAGAAAGAUUUAAUGAAGAAGAAAAAAUAGAAGAAAGAGAGAAUGGACAAGAAAAUUGUUUUACUGACGAUACCAACAGCCAAGAUUCUUGCAAGGAAAACUAUGAAGCUGAUGAAGAGAGUGGAGAAGAGAAAUCUGAUGAAUAAAACAGAAUCACUAGAGCCUCCUCUCUGUGCCUGUGCUGUUGUUUUGCAGCAUCUGGUGUUAGCAGCUGUGCUUGUUGUAUUAAGAACAUGGAUGGGAACCCCUCUGAUGUGUGCAGGGCUCUUGAGAAAAGUCAUCUGUAGCUGAAAAGGCCAAAUCCAGCUGAUUGGUCAGUUGGUCAGUUAGAGUAAGGCUUUGCCUAUCAGGUUUUUAAAUUGCUACAUAUCGUCUGUUUGCAACUUGGAUCUUAUUUGUAUUUUUAAAAAGUAUUUGAGAAUCACAGCUAUCACAAAGUGAUUAAUCAUAAAAAUAUACAUUACUUCAUUAUUUUUAGUGGAAAAAAAUGCUUAGCAUUGAGAGCAGAGAGAAAUAUUGGCCUUUGGUGAUUUGUUUGAAAAACAUUUUCUGAAAUUUUUAAAGCAUGAAUCAAUAAAUAUUUUAAAACCAUACUAUUUGCCCAUUCUUUUUCUCUGCAAUAUAGCUCACAAAAUGAAUCCUCCAACUUGUUUUACUAGGUAUUUUGCAUUUCUUAUCUGAGCCAUUUUUUAAAAGUAAUGAAAUAUAAAAAAAAUAAUGCAAGUUUACAUGCAUUUCUGCACUUUUACUGUUAAAUUACCCACUCUAUCAUCAGUUUUUCCUCUUAUCUCUAGUUUUAUUCCAAAUUAUUUUGGAAUAUAUUUUUGAUAUAUAAACUAUUGGAAAAGGUUUUAUACUCUUUUUUUAACCUUGUAUAUUGACAGAUGAAAAUAAUUAAAGAAUCUGAGUUAUAAUCUUAAUAAAUAUCAACUCUGUUUUAUAUAUAAUGCAAUUUGUGCAUAAUAACUUGUCCAAGGCAAGUCUCCAAAAUAAUUCAGAUUUAACUCUUUAAUACUAGAUCCAGUUGUGCUCAACUUUUUACAUAUUAUUGCAGAACACUUUGUCUUUCUGUGCAUAAUGUUAAUUUGGUUUUAUGGAUAUUUUUUUAUUUAAGCAUAUUUAUGUUUUAAAAAAUCAAAUCAGUCAUAAACAUGUGAUAGGGUGAGACAUUUUCUUUUCUAAAAACAACCUCCUUUAAAGAGGAUGAACAAAUGAAGGUGUAUAAAAGAGCACUGUUUCCCAACUGGCAGUUUAUGCUUUAAAUGAAAAAAUAAGGUGAUUUUUCACAAUCGGGGCAAAUGUUUUCUUGUAAUUACUUUCCUACAAUUUGUGUUAAACUAUUUGUCACUAUCAUUAGAUUGAUUGUAAACUCCUUGAGAGUUGGCAGCAUUUUAAAAUUUGUCUUUGUAUUCCUUUAAUAUUUUGCACAGGAUUGUACAUAUGGUAGGUACUUAAUAAAGGCUUGGAUGAGUAA